CAUGACACUUGUCCUGUCAAUGUAACAACUUAUCGGCUCUCCUAUAACCUUAAAAUUAAUAAUAUCUUAAUUUUAAUUUCCGCGGCAAUUAUACAACACUAGGUAUUAUUACAAUAAUAUUAUGUUUAACGGAUAGGAACAUUAUUAAAAAAAAAAUACAACCACCAUGACAAGUGCUUGUACUCCAUAUUGGAAGCAAUUAUGGCGCUGGACAUUUUCACAAAGCCUUACGAACGAGGAACUUAAAAAGGUUUUAGAUAAUAAGAAUACCAUUAGCUGUUUACAGCAAGGACUCGCUUGUUAUAAACCUGCCAAAGCUAACUCCUUUACACAGCUGCAAUCUAAAUAUUCGGACCAAACUAAGCUCUUAAAUGUUGUUCAAACGCUACAACAUUAUAUCGAUGUGGACUGUUUUCAAAUAUGGGAAAUUUUAAAACAUUAUUUAUGUGAUAUCUCAUAUGGAACACCAGCAAAUGCAUUGAAAAAUGUUGCGUUUGUGGAUACAAGGCCAACAUUCCUAUCACCUAAUGUCUGGAAUUUCUAUCAUGCUGAAAGAUUAUUUGUAUUGAAACUAUUACAAUAUAUCAUAGAAUUUAAGUCAGAUACAAAUCAUAAGUAUAAUGAACUAUUCAAUAAAAUAUUUAACGAUAUAGGUGUAAGCAAUUUAAAAACGUCUCUUAUAUCACAAUUUGAGAAACUGUUAGCGUCUGCACCUCCAUCAAGGAAGAUACAAAGUGAUUUUAACAAUGAUACAGUGAGACAAGAAUGGGCAAAGUCCAACUUAAGGGAACAAGUUGCUAUACUCCAGAUUUUAAUGUUAUUAGCUAAUGAACAACAAAUCACUCAAGAUGAGUUUGUCAAACUGUUCAAAUUGUUUAGAAAGCAUAAUUUUGGUAAAAAUCAAGCUUUCAAUGAUCUCCUGGAAGAAAAGCAUAGAGAAGUGUGUAUGAGGGUCAUGUAUAUGGAAAUUGGAUUGUUUAUGGUUAUUGUAGAUAAUGAAAAAAUCAAAAACCUGUCACCAUGGAUAGAAGGAACUAAAGAGUCUGUAGAGAAUGAGUUUACAAAGAUUCAACCACACAUGGAGCAAAGCCCAAUGUUGAUGACUUGGAUGAUGAUUACAUUGCAGAGUGACCAACAUGUAAAAUUAUUUGAAACACAGUAUCAACAUUACGGAGCCAUUUCACUUAGAAUGAAAGUGUUUGAAUUCUUGAAACAAAUGCUAAGUAGCACUUUGUUUAAUGAUGAUUCCAUGUGUGCCCAAAUAGUAAGAAAGAGGAUAUUCAAGCUACUGAACGAAGUUUGUGAUAAAUUUGAUGGAGAUGGCACAAUCAGCUGCCAACCUGGCAUCAUGCAAUUAUGUUCAGAAUUGAUUAAGUCACCUUCUAUUGCUGAGCAAUUUUGGUUAUUACAACAAAAAGAAGACAACUGUGGUGUGGUGUCUUUAUGGAAUACUGCGUUGGAGUAUUUCCCUUUUAAUUUCGAUGCAAUUUCCAUUUUGGCUGCUGGUUUAGCUGAAGCAGGGAAGGACAGUGUAAGAAAUCUCAUUGCCGAACUGAAAAACCUACCUGUAUACACAGAAAUUUACAAUCCAAAUACAGUACCAAUAGUAUCGUUACAAUCUGAAGAUGCAGUCAUCGGUAGAGAUUACUACCCUCUCGGCGAUAAUACCUACCAUGUCGAAGCUGGAUCGAAAGCCACAAUCUUAGAACGGAAGGAAGGCACAAUGAUUCACUUUCGUACACCCAUCUCUUACUGGACAGUAUUCAAUAGCGAAAUAGAGAAAGUUCUAGAUAGGAAACAAGGGCAUUACAACUUGAAUGUGACAUUAGAGAGAGUGUAUGAAGGUACUAAAGUGUUGAAGGGCAUAUUAAAAGCACUUGUAGAAGAUAAAGAGAUUCCUAAAAGCUUGGUGGGGCCGAGUGAAGGCGUGUUUGAUGUGUUAUUGAGGUUCAUGCGUGCAGAAACACCCCCAUUGCAAUUGUUGGUUGAAUGCCUCAAUGUCUGUAUUGUAUUGAUUCCACUGUUUUCCAAGGAGAUUCAUUUACGGUUAAUAAACACAGGUCUCUUGCCGCGCAUAACGAAACAUCAGCUGUCUCAUGUAGAAUAUGCAAAUGGUGUGUCCUUAGAUUCAGCAGCUGUGGGAUCAUAUCUCAUAUCUAUUGAACAACCAAGUGGAACUUAUAAGUUUCUUACUACUUAUAUCGAUAUGUUAUGUGCGUUUCACAAGGUAACAGCGGACGAUCGUAUUGUAACAGAAAUCCUUCUGCCGGGGCUUAUUUUAAUUCUCCGUGAAGUAUUUCCCAAUGUAUACGGCUGGCGCUACAGUUCGACGACUGAAAGAAAGCUGCUCAUACAGAAGUGUGCAAACUACCUCACUAUGGUUCUACAGCAAACAGAUAAUAAACCCACAGUGAUGUUGUUGAAACGCACUUGCAUCCAUGGUCUGUUGUAUACAGAGAAUGCCCUGGAAUUACUAAAGAUUGUUUCUGUUGGUAACGAACCCCUUGAAAAAAUUAUCCACGAAGAUACCAACUGGAUUUCGGGAUCGGCAUAUCAAUAUACAUUUACUCUACAACGUUGUUUAGCUCUAAUCAUGUAUGCGCUACGACAGAAGAAUCUAAUAAACGAUACUAAGGAAGUGACUCCACUGGAACACCUAAUAUUCGCACAAAAUAAACAAGUGGAUAGACUUAAAGUUGUGCCUAAUGUGGUCAGCUACAUCAAUCAUGCGUUCAACAAAAGUUUGUCGGUGUUGAGUUGCAGGCUUUUGAAGAGAUUUGCUGAAGGUUUCCAAAUGUCACUGUUCGCAUUACUAGACAUGAGUGCGUACAAGGUUCGGGUCAUGUUCUUGGACAGAUUGCGCGAUGAAUUUGAAACUAUUGGUGUUAAGGUGGCCAUAUUGGAAUUUGUCGCGACCUGUGUCGGCAAACAGCCUGGUUUAACUGAAGCGUUCUUUAUGAUGAAUCACGAAAGAGCCAAGGCAAUUGAAAAGGAAAAAGAAACUGAUGCAACAGUGAAAACUGAACAGGAUGAUAGUUUUGAAGGCAUUUUGGGAUAUAUGGCUGAUUAUUUGGAGACUGUUAAAUCUGAUGCCAAAUUGCUUUACAGUCCAUUGUUGGGUUGCAUUAUGGCCCUAUUUCAUGCACUUUGGAAAAACAACAUGCAAAUUCUCGUCAAAAAAUUACGCGAACAUCCAAAAUUUUGGGAACACAUGACCAGUCCUCUAUUUAGCGAAAUCCAACCUGAACUUCGUACAUAUAGUCAAAUCUUUAACGUUCUUGGAAUUGAGUUGUUUGUCUCGCGAGAAAAACUCGAACCUAACUUCAAAGAGGUUUUAGAACAAUUCUUUGAUACAAACAAAAAACAUCUUGACACUUGGAUUGAUUAUAUUUUCUCUUUCAAAGGACGUGAAAUUGAGGAAAGCGUCACUGAUAAAGUUCCUGUAUGGCUUGGACUUUUAACUUCAUGGAAAGACUUUACAACAAUAUUUUGCAAAUGUUUGCCAUUUAGUCUGAAUAUAGCGCACAAAGCAAAAAUGGUUACACCUUGUAUGAGUGCGCUUUUGAAUGAAUUAGAUGAUCUCAAAGAUGGCCGACUUGUCGUCAUACUCGCAGAACUAUAUGUCGUAAUGCUGGCGAAUUGGAAGGAAGAUUGUUUCGAUAACAGGAAAGCUAGCGCCAAACAAAUAGAUAAUUUACUCACUAAUGUAGCUGUUGUAUAUGAAUGCCUACAUCCCCGAGCAGUUCGCGCAAUACUAUCUAUAGCUACGGUUGCUAUAAGUAGCUUGGACUAUGAAAUCAAAGCCAACAGUCUUCUAGCGCAAAGUGUAAUUCGUUCAGUGACAAAUAUUAACAGUCUUGAACUAGGCAAACUUUUCGAUUUUGUCAGAGAUGACACAACAAUGGAAGUUGAUAAAGAAUCAAAUGGGCAGAGCGAGGAAAUACCUCCAAUAGUGCUAUCAUUGGCCAUGCUUGAACAGUGUCUGGAAUUGUAUGACGAUGUAUUCACAGGAUUGUCACAAUGGUUCCAGUCCACAAAGUUUGUGAACAAAUUACUUUGCUGCCUACAAGCGUGUUUGCAAAAUAGACGCCAUUACCAUACAUCGCUGGCAGCGCUGCGAUGUUUGACCGCGUACGCUAGAGGUCCAUUUUCAAAAGACUUAUUAUUGAGUGAUGUUGACCAAUUUCUUUGGAUGCAAUUGUUGCCACCGAAAAUUGAAGCUAAUCCCAAUGGAAAUAAGGGCGUUUGGAAACCUCAAGAAUGGUGGCGGGUUUACGGAUACAGUUUAGACUUUAUAUCAAUGAUGGUUAUGAAACAUGGAGAGUUCUUUGCUAGCGACGCGAUCACAUUUGUUGGCGUUCAUUUGGAACAUCUCGUGGAGGCGAUAUUACUGCCCCGGCAGAUGUAUAGCCUCGAUGCGUUGAAUUUGUGCGCGUCCACACUCAAUCUUGUGGUGCAGCUUGUAAAAUUUGAGGCUAGAUGGCGCAUUUUGAACAUCAACUCAUUGGUCUAUAUUAUGCGUAGUAUAAGCGCGUGCGUGCACCAGUGCGGCACGCUAAUGCUGCGUGCGCGGCGCGCGUCCGAGCCGCACGACGAGCCCGCACCGCCCGCACCCGCCGCGCUACACAGGGUACUAGAAAUCCUCCACAUGGCAACACUGAGUCUCCUUUCAUUCAGUCCGGAAUUAUUGAGUCUGCUAGCGGAACCAGCGCUGGAUCUCGAGCGCUGGCAGCCGCUCGUCGAGUUACAUUUUGGAGCGCCGAAGAUAACAUAUGAACAGUUCCCACAGCUUACAUUUGGCACUAUUCUGUCUGUGAUCUGUUUGUUGACGCGCUCUUUGAAUCAUGCAUAUCACUCGGAAGAGACGAGCGGCGCGCGGUCCCCGGGCGCGGGCGGCACAGCUGGCUCUGCGGGGCGGCGCCGCGCGUGCUCGUGCUCGGGCAGCCCGGGCGAGCGGCGUGCGCUGCGCAGCGAGUCGGUGGCCAGCGUGUCGAGCGCCGCCAGCGCGCUGCCGCCGGCCAGCGAGAAGCUGCUAGCCGGCGCGCUGCAGGCGGCGCUCACGCUGCUCGCCUCGCAGGCCCUCUUGGCAGUCCGCGAUCGAAGUGUACCGACUCGACACAAGCAGCUCGUCCGUCGCGAACUAGCUUCUGAGUUAACUGUGUACCACGAUUUUGUGCGUAAAAGAAUCUUAUGUGCUGCUCACAACCGUCCGCACUUAGCCCGUAAUAAACUGGGCGCUUGGCCAUUAGCGGCCGACGAAGAAGAAACUAAAAGACUCGAGGAAGUGAAAAAAGAAAAAAACCCAUCAAUGGAAGACAACGAUGAUUUAGCUUUACCCCCUCCUCCUCCCCCGAAACGAGCUUCACAGGAUUCCAUGCGAGAAUUUAUUCUCCGCAAACAUUUCUUGGACAAAUGCGCACAAACUCCAACUAAGGAACCUCCUUCACCUGUUUCUCACUCGACACCAGCUCCUGAUAAGAAAAAGGAAAGUCCUCGAAGCCUGAAGCGCGUCUCGUGGGCUGAAACAACCAGGGACAGUGAUGAAAUACUGGACACCUCACUCCAGGAAAUUGAAACUGCCUACUCCAAUUUAACAGAUGUACAAAUAAAUAAUGAUGAGGAUUAUUUCCAUUUUAUGUCGGUUGUAUUUCUUUACAUUUGCCAAACUGAUUUAUAAUUUUGAUACAAUAAACAUUUUUCAUGUU